AGAUGAAACCGCAUAUAUAUUUUCCAAUCCGCUGCCUCCAAAUUCAAAUCUCCCUCCCACACCACUUCGUCUUCGUCAUCUCCUCCCCACUCGAGAACCGGCGAUCGCCAUGGCGGCGAAGCUCUUCCUUGCCCUCCAGUGCGUGCAGUGCGACACCAUGCAGGUGAAGCAGGAGAAGAAGAGCAGCAACAAGUGGGUGUGCGUGGUGUGCAACCAGCGCCAGUCCGUGCUCCGCGUCCACGCCAGGGGUUACCGCGCCGCCGACCUCCGCCGCUUCGUCCAGGACGCCAACCUCGCCCGCGGCCGCCGUGAGUUCGCGCCUUUGGCGGAGCCCGAUGCCGGCUGGGACCCGGCGGCGGUCGAGGAGCGGGGAGAUGAGUUCCCCACGGAGAAGAAGCGGACGGACUGGUCCGAGUACCUGGACGAUCCUGGGGAGCACCGUGAUGGCUGUUGCGGCGUGGGCGCGGACGCUUCAGAUGGAGAAUCAGGUGAAGGGAUUGAGGUGAUAACUGAACUGCCUCAAAACAGGCCUAAAGUUAGGCCACGCAAAGCCCAGUCAAGUGUACUAGGAAAGAGGCCCAAGCCGUCAGCACAUCCCACUUUAUCCAAGAGGCAGCAGAUCGAGCAAGGAUCAAGUCCCUACUGUGCAGCUACUACUGCUGAUGCACAAAGAUCGAAAUGGAGCAAGUAUUUGGACACGAGCUUCUUUGAAGAGAGGAAAGGAUCUCAGGGCUCUGGGCUGCAUUCAACUGAACUUGAUGAAUGUGCCACUACUGACGCUGCCAGUGACGUAGUGGUGGAUGAUGAGGUGCACCCUGAUUUCAUCUGACCCAUAUUGGAUUGAAAUACUGUGUUUUGGUAGUGGGCAGUUUGAUAGAGACAAAUUGUGUUGCAUCAUAGUAUAGAUUGAGUUGUAAGAACAGAAGCUGAAUGCAACAUAGGUAAGCAUUAACUUCUUAAAAGAUUGAAACUACUCCCUCUGAUUUCAAGUGUAGGUCGUUUAGGAGAACUACAGUCUCUAAUGACCUUUGUGUUGCUUUAUUUUGUAAAAAUAUGUCAUUUUAAACUGAAAACUUACGAAAGCAUUUUCUAUGAUAGUAACAUCAACCGUGUGCUGUGGA